AUGACUACCUCAUCCACCCGUCAGAAAUCCAGUCUCCGUCCCUACACCUCACAUGGACGUCUACCGUCGAAUAUCCAACUAGUUCGGCGACACCAACCUCCGUUUCACCUCCUUCCACCAUGUCCACCGCCCCCACCACCGCAGUCGUCCAUUACCCUUCCUCUUCCAAAUCUGCCAAAUCCACCUGCCAAGCGUCUACCUCAACGAGUACGCCUUCGACGCAUUCCUUCCUCUUCCAGCUGCGUUAAAAAGGUCGAUGCUUCUGCAGACACUCGUGAUCUCCAUGCCAAUGUCCGCUACAUCUGCCGACUUUGUGGUCUCAACUGUCUUUCUGGAGACUUACUCCACGCUCAUCUUCUCCUCCUUCGACACUCCUCACUAUCUUUCCAUGAUAUCCUUCUCAACUGUCGACAAUGCGGAGCUUCGUGGAGGCUUGAAGACGAGGACGAGGAAAAACGUUGUCAAAAUCACCCUUGCUUCCUACAGAAGGCCGCCUAUUUUAAGAACUUCCUUGCUCCCUCUAGAAGUAUUCGACAGGGUCUUCCUUUUAUGUGUCUUUUCUGCUGCGCUGAAAGCAUGGAAGGAGAAGACGUUUCAAAGGGUACUUUAAAACGACCACCCCGGCGUAUUACAAGGAAGACGAUGCCGUUGAAACGAUGUCAAGCUAUGGCAAGAUUUGCAUCUAAGUUGGAAUUAGCUGUGCACAUCCGCUAUGCUCAUGAUCCAUCUCGUCAGCCUGGACGGUGUUCUGAAUGUCACGACUUUGUCUGUGAGAGUCGGGAACUCCCUGAAAUAGAGUUCUGGGAAGCUUCAAAGUCAUCGUCGGAAUCACGUCCAAUUUCCACCGACUCAAUUUUGUAUAGAGAAGGUCUGAAUCCUUUGGAGUUGCAUAUUCAAGGCAUCCACAUGGAAAGCUAUGAGUACCUCCAGUGGUUGAAUUCAAAACGUUAUCGCACUGUGCCCAGAGAUCUUGCUGAAAAGCUUUUCAAAUCUCGCACUACCUGGAUUUAUUCCUGUCCUCUCUGUCAGUUGCACCCCUUCAGCAGUCACUCCUCUAAAGACUUCAGCACCGUCCAACCUGAAGUCGGUCUCCCUAGCAAUGCUUCCCUCCAGGCACACAUUGCUUGUUUUCAUUCAGCUGGGCGUAGUUUCCUCGAUUGGAGGUUUCAGGUCUGCGCUGUUUGCGGUGAUUUCAAUGCAGCUUCAGAGUACAAACACCUUUUAAAGCGUGGGCACAUGACUCCUCUGAAAAAAUACUUUUCUCAAGCGCUUAGACAAGGUCGAUUCGCUGCUGUAGAGGGCUCUGAAAGUGUGGAAUGGAGGAGCACUUGUGUUCUCUGCUGGAGACGUUUUGAAAGUGGUGGCGGAAAAGUGGAUUUAAGAUCGGAAUGUCGUCUACAAGCGCAUCUCCUUUCCACACAUUGCAUAUUCAACGCCACCAAAGGUAAAGAAUUUAACGUUCUCGCUUGUGGAUGGUGCGGGGGUCUGCGAAAGGAGGAAUUGGAAUGGACAAACGGCAGAGAGUGGAAGGCUUCGGGUGCAUUCCUCCGUGCUCGUGAUCUCAUUUUAGACGUCAAAGAGGUGUACGAGUUGAAAACCGCUUUUUGUGUAUACACAGAAAGGUCUGAAGAACAGUAUCACUUGAGAUUAUCACCUAAGAGCCUAAUUAAGGGUCGAAUAAGGUACCAGAUGCCAUAUACGAGCCCGACUAUGAUACCAGGGCGUUUGCAUGAGUCAGAGAGCUUUAAUUGGUCGACGGAGGCGAGUGACUCAUCGUGUAUCCGAAAGGAUGGGCCGGCCAAUCAAAUCAACUAA